ACUCUCCAUCCAACGCUCUGUCAUUCCUCUUCCUCCAAAAUGGGCAGCGAGGACGAGAACCCCACAGCCAAAGACGCGUCGUCGUCAGUCGACGCCGCCAAAGCUCGACUCGAGCAAGUCAGCUCGCACAUUGCGCCCAACACGCCCAAGCGACGGCGCAGAAAAGCCGCAGACUCAGAUCUGCCCGCCGACUACUCGGAUAUCCUGGGGCACAUCGCCACACUCCGCAAGAAGGCGGCUACGCCAGACCCGAGUAAUAGAGGGUACCUGAGACAGAAGCAAGCGGGAAAGCUGUGGGUGCGCGAACGAGUCGACCAGUUGCUUGAUAAAGGCAGCUUUCAGGAGGUGGGUAGUGUGAGUGGAACGGUCAAGUGGAAGCAAGUAGGGCCGUUGAAGGAAGAGCCUGAAGAGUUUGUGCCGUCUAACAAUGUGCAAGGAUUUGGAAAGUUGCGUGGCCGAAAGAUUGUUUUUACGACGGAUGACUUUUCGAUACGCGCUGGCCAUGCUGAUGGCUCCAUGAUGGAGAAGACUAUUUACAUGGAGAAAAUGGCGAUCGCCAUGAAACUGCCCAUAGUCAAGCUUGUCGAUGGUUCGUCUGGCGGUGGCUCCAUCACUACACUCCGCACUCUGGGACAUUCCUACAUCCCACCACUGCCAGUCUUUGAGCACGUUUUCAAGCAACUCAACAUGGGCAUACCGAAUCUGGGUGCUGUCCUAGGCCCAGCGAUUGGUUUGGGCGCUGCUCGAGUCGUUGCCUGCCAUUUCUCCGUCAUGGCCGCCGACAUUGGGUCGCUGAUCAACGCCGGCCCGUCUGUUGUCAAGAACGCUACGUUUGAAGAAGGCUUGUCGCUGACGGAUCUCGGAGGCCCAGCUGUCCACUGUACAAACGGCACAAUCGACAACCUAGCACCCAACGAAGCCGCCUGUUUCGAGCAGAUCAGGACUGUGCUGAGCUACCUCCCCGACUGCGGCACAAAACUCCCCCCAACAAUCGAGUGCUCUGACCCCCCUGAUCGCAUGUCGAAAUCUCUCCGCUCCAUCAUCCCGCGAGCCAAGAACAGAAUGUACAACCCGCGCACCAUCAUCACCGAGGUGGUCGAUCUGGGCUCGUUCUUCGAGAUUGGCGCUCUCUGGGGCACGACGGCGAUUGUCGGUCUGGCGCGUUUCGCCGGCAAGCCCGUAGGCAUAGUGUCGCUGAACUGCGAAGUCAACGCGGGAGCGCUCGACGCACUAGGCUCGCAGAAGAUCACGCGCAUGCUCCGGUUCCUCGAUGUGUUCAACAUUCCCCUCGUGCAGUUUGUCGAUAUCCCCGGUUAUGCCAUUGGCACCGUUGCAGAGCGCUCUGCAACCAUGCGCCAUGGCGUUACGCUCGCAGGGGCUUACUACAGCACCACCAUGCCCAUCUACAGCAUCAUUGUGCGCCGCGUGUACGGCGUAGCUGGCGGCAUCAUGCUGGACUGCCGCGACCCCCGCAUGCGUCUCUCAUGGCCAUCAGGCGAGUGGGCGUCACUCCCACUCGAAGGCGGAAUCGAAGUCGGGCACGCAUUCGAGCUCAAGGAGAUUGAGCGCAAAGAGGGCAAAGAGGCGCGCGACAAGCGGUACGCCGAGCUCGAGCUCGAGUACAGGCGGCUGAUGAAUCCAGUACGGACAGCCAAUGCGUUUGGCAUCGAGGAGAUUAUCGAUCCGGCGCAUACACGGCGGUGUUGCUGUGAGUGGGUGAAUCACGUGUAUGCGAGUUUGUUGCCUGAGAGGAUUAUGCAGAGGGUGGCGGGCACGCUGCAGCCGUCUUUCGCGUAG